UUUCUCAGAGAAUCCUGGGAAAUCACAAUGGCCGCUCUCUCGGGGGUACCGUGGAUUCGCCCUUUGCGGCGGUUAUUGUCGCAUUUGAAUGGGUCCGGUAGGCAAGCUGGUGGCUGUCGGAGGGUUUCGGUGAAUAUCCCAAGCUGCGGGGCACAGCAGCUCAGGAAGCUGUCCGGAGGACCGGGCGGUGAGGCCGGGGUCGCCAGUCCGUGGCGCUUGUUUGGGGCGUUGUGUCUGCAGAGGUUACCGGUUAUAGCGCAGAAGCCGAGUGCAAUUGAGGAACAGUUCGCGCAGCUCACACGUCAGAUGGACCUGGAGAAUAGUCUGUUUUCGGACCAUGAGCUGAGGUUGCAGGAAGAGGCUGAACGCAUGAGACGUAAGAAGGAUGACUAUGAUUCGGAUGAAGAAGACUCUGCCGGGCAGGACAUUAUCACUGCCGAAGACCUCGAGGAUUCUUGGGAGCAGAGAUUCAAGAAGGUCCAGCCUUCUCUGGUGUUUAAAGAGACAAGUGAGCUGAAUCUGGGCUCUGCAGACCGGUGCCUUGCGGACAGCUUGCUCCUAUUGGCCAGGCAGCGUGUGGUUGACCAGGACUUGUGGCUCCUGCCUCAGAUGCAGUGGCAGGCUGGGGAGACGCUGCGGCACACGGCAGAGAGGGCGCUCGCAUCCCUGCCAGGUUCUGGCUUUAAGGCGACCUUCCUGGGUAAUGUACCGUGUGGAGUUUACAAGUACAAAUUCCCAGAGAAUGUGCGGACCGAGAGCUGUGUUGGCGCCAAGGUCUUCUUCUUCAAAGCUCUGCUGUCGACACACAGUGAUUCGCCACCUCAGGACAGCCUCAUGUGGUUGAGAAAGGAUGAACUGCAGAGCUACCUUAGACCUGCCUACCUGGAGAAGGUGAAUCGCUUUGUGUUGAACUUCUGAUGCUCCGGAGAUGGACAGGAAACCUCGAGAGGAUUUUCAAAGUCAUGCGUGUUUGUUCCUGCUGACACCAUUAAUCUCAACAUUUCAAUAGAAUUAUAAUGUGUCCAUCUUCAUGUGGCUACAUAUUUAGCCAAAUAUAAUUAAAUGUUUUUUUUUAUUAUUUAA